AUUUUCACAUUGGCCGCAUGGACGACAAGCCGAACACCAAGGACAGCUACCACGUCGUCGAGACGCCGCGCGACGGCAAGGACCCGACGAUCGAGCUCGACGCCAAGCCCACGACGGACAGCGAUGACGACGCCAGCAGCGAGCACGCGUUCUCGUUUCUUGCGCUCUACCGGUACGCUGACACGACGGACGCAGUCCUCAUGGUCAUUGGCAUGACGCUCUCGAUCGUCAAUGGCGUCGUCUUCCCGCUCAUGGCGAUCCUCUUUGGGAAUGCGAUCAACUACUUUUCGCCGUACGACCAAGAUGGCAUCAACGCGACGUGCCUCAACUACCUCAUCCUUGCGAUCGUCAUCUUUGUCGCGGGCUACGGCUCGUACACAUGCUUUGCCAUCACGGCCGAGCGCCAAAUGCGCGCACUUCGCCGCGAGGUGCUCAAGCACAUCAUGUACCAAGAGAUUGGGUGGUAUGACCAGCGCGAUGCGAGCGAGCUUGCCUCGCGCAUCUCGGGCGAUACCGUCAAGAUCAAGGAAGGUAUGGCGUCCAAGCUCGGCGAAGCCGUCCAAUUUACGUGUCAGUUUAUCAGUGGGUACAUCAUUGGCUUUGUCAAGGGCUGGAACGUCGCGCUCGUCAUGUGCGCGGUCAUGCCCAUGAUGGCGAUCACGAUGACGUUUCUCAUCAAACGCCUCCGCGACUCGACGGCGCAAAGCCAGCGCUCGUAUGCCGCCGCCGGUGCCGUCGCCGAAGAGACCAUUGGCGCCAUCCGCACGGUUGCGUCGCUCAAUGGCGAGCCGCGGGCCGUCAAGAAGUACGACGAGAUCGUGCACGAAGCCGAAGCCGAGACGCUGGGCCUCGCGCGCUUCGUCUCGUUUUCGUUUGGCUGGUUCAUGAUGAGCAUCUGGCUCACGUACGCGAUCGGCCUCUGGUUUGGCGGCUACCUCCUCUCGGACCAGAACGAUGCGAUUCGAACGCCCGGCGACGUCUUCUCAGCCUUCUAUGGCAUCUUGUUUGGGACCAUGGCGGUCUCGCAGAUCUCGCCCAACAUCUCGGCGGUCGCGUCCGCCAAAGGUGCAGCUGCCGAGAUCUUCAAGAUCCUCGCGCGUCCGUCCAAGAUCAACGCGGCGAACCUCAAUGGCGACGUGCCGCCUUACUGCAACGGCAAAGUCGAAGCCCGCGAUCUGGUGUUUUCGUACCCGACGCGCCCGGACGACAUUGUCUUGCGCGGCUACUCGCUCACGAUCGAGCAAGGCCAGACGGUCGCGCUCGUCGGGUCGUCUGGCUCGGGCAAGAGCACGCUCGUCGCCCUCCUCGAGCGCUUCUACGAACCCACGAGCGGCCAGAUCCUCCUCGACGGCCGCGACAUCUCGUCGCUCCAGCUCAAGUGGCUUCGGUCGCAGAUCGGUCUGGUGUCCCAGGAGCCCGUCCUCUUUGCGACGACGAUCCUUGAAAACAUUGCGGCCGGCGGCGACAACAUCUCCAAGGACGAGGUGAUCGCGGCCGCGAAGCUCGCCAACGCCCACGACUUUAUCAUGAGUCUGCCGAGCCAGUACGACACCAUGUGCGGCGAGAAGGGCACGACGUUGUCGGGCGGCCAGAAGCAGCGCGUCGCGAUCGCGCGAGCGCUCGUGCGCCAACCCAAGAUCCUCAUCCUCGACGAAGCCACGUCGGCGCUCGACAACGAGAGCGAGCGCGUCGUGCAGGCGGCGCUCAACGACCUCAUGGAGAAGACCAACAUGACGACGAUCGUGAUUGCGCAUCGGCUCUCGACGAUCCGCAAGGCAGACAAGAUCAUCGUCUUGUCCAAGGGCCUCGUGGUCGAAGAGGGCACGCAUGCGACGCUCAUGGAGAUGGACGACGGGCUGUACCGGACCUUGGUCGAGCUCCAAGACGGCACGGCGUCGACCGACUCGUCGGACACGGACUCGCCGUCGCACGCGGACCGCGUCUCGCUGGCGCUGGAGAAGGCGGCUGACAAGGACGUGGCCGAGAUGAUCCGCAAGUACAGCAGCGUGUCGCACCAGUCGAUCAACUUUGACGCGCUGCCGUCGGCGGUUGAGGCGCCAGCCGCCGAGGUCUCGCUCUGGCGCUUCAUGAAGCUAACCAAGCCGGAGCGAUUGUACAUGAUUGCGGGGUUUGCGUCCUGCAUUUUGAACGGCUUCUCGAUGCCGGGCAUCUCGCUCAUCAUCUCGAACGUGCUCGCUUCGAUGCAAAAGUACUUUACGCUCUUCGUGCAGACCAAAGACGCGUCGUACCUCCACUCGCUCUACAGCGACAUUCGGACGCAAGCGAUCCUCUUCAUUGGCGUUGCGGUCGCUAUGUUCUUCGUCGGCUAUACGCAGACGUUUAGCUUCCGCACGAUCGCCGAGAAGCUCACGACUCGGCUUCGCAACAUGCAUUUCCAAGCGCUCAUGCGGCAGGACAUUGGCUUUUUCGACAUGGACGGCCAUACGACCGGUGCCUUGACGACCGACCUCGCCACGUACUCGACCAAGGUCGUCGUCGUCGCCGGCGAGAACCAAGCGCGUAUUCUGCAGACCUUCUUUACCAUGGUUGGCGGCCUCGUCAUCUCGUUUGGCUUUGGCAGCUGGCAGCUUACGCUCGUGAUGCUGUGCGUCAUACCACUUAUGCUCGUUGUGGCCGUCGUGCGCACACGCCAGCUCCGAAACUACAACGUGACCGACACCCUUACCACGUCCGGAUCGCUCGCAACCGAAGCCAUUGUCAACGCUCGGACCGUGACCGCGCUCGGGCUUCAAGAGACCCUCGUCGCCAAGUACGACACGUUGCUUCUCGAACCCAUGCAAGACGGCGUCCGCGAAGCUCAAGUCAACGGGCUCAUGACCGGUUUUGGCCCGGCGUCACUGUUUGCAACCUACGCGCUCGUCUUUUGGUAUGGCGCCAAGCUCAUCAAGGACGGCACGAUCACGUACGAAGAGAUGAUGCGCACGAUGAUGGCCGUCAUGAUGGCCGCCCAAGGCAUGGGCCAAGCUGCGGGUUGGAUGGGCGACACCGACUCGGCGAAGAAGGCGGCCAAGGAGAUUUUUGCGAUCGUCGAGCGCCAGCCCAUCAUCGACUCGUCCAAGGUCGACGAAGGUAUCACGCCCAACUCGGUCGAAGGCCGGAUUGUCUUUAAGGACGUUGCGUUCAGCUACCCGACGCGCCCCCACAUCAAAGUGCUCAAGCACUACGACCUCACGAUCGAGCCGGGUCAGACGGUCGCCUUUUGCGGUCCCAGUGGCGGCGGCAAGAGCACGGUCGUGGCGCUCCUCGAGCGCUUCUACCAGCAACAAGCCGGCGCCAUCACGCUCGACGGCCGCGAACUCGCGACGCUCAACCUCCCGUGGCUGCGCAACCAGAUCGGUCUCGUCGGCCAAGAGCCCGUCUUGUUUGUCGGCACGAUCGCCGAAAACAUUGCCGGCGGCCUCGCCAACGCCGACAACGUUCCGGACCUCCAAGCACGCGUCGAAGCGGCCGCCAAGAUGGCGAACGCGCACAACUUCAUCUCGCAGUUUCCCGACGGCUACGAGACGCAAGUGGGCUUGAAGGGCGAGCAGCUCUCGGGCGGCCAGAAGCAGCGCAUUGCGAUCGCGCGCGCCAUCAUGAAGAACCCGUCGAUUUUGCUCUUGGACGAAGCCACGUCGGCGCUCGACUCGGAGAGCGAGAAGGUCGUCCAAGAAGCGUUGGACAAGCUGCUGGCGGCGAAGGGCCGGACGACGAUCGUGAUCGCGCACCGCCUCUCGACGAUCCGGAACGCCGACAAGAUCUGCGUCGUGAGCGGCGGGCGCAUCGCCGAGCAAGGCACGCACGACGAGCUCAUGCGCCUCAACGGCAUCUACACGCACCUCGCGUCGCACAACCAGAUCUAGUGCGUCGCUGAUCCGGCUACGAUCACAGUAGUAUUGUCUUGCAUUUUACACAGAAUGAAAACACGUUUGCGCUUUAU